UUUAAGCGGCUCGGCUGAGAAACGUGGCUAUAAAAACGCGCGCCGGAGCCGGAAAGGUGCUUCUUAUUAACGGUAUUUGGGGGCAGCCCGCAGCUCAGCUGGAGCGGAUCCGGCUGGCCAGGGAGACCCGCUCCGAACUGCAGCCGGGGCGGCGGGCCAGCAUGGACUCGGACGCGAGCCUGGUGUCGAGCCGCCCUUCGUCUCCGGAGCCCGAUGAGCUCUUCGUGUCGGCCAGGAGCAAGAGCGGCGGGGGCUUCUCGGCGGGCGGCGCCGUAUCCAGUUCGACUCCCAGCGAUUCCCCCGCCGAGCUCAGCGCAGAGCUGCGCAGCGCCAUGAGUGCCGCCGGGGUGGUGGUGGUGGACAAGCUGGCCUUCAAGUCGCCCUCGUCUUCCUCGUCCUCCUCUUCCUCGUCCUCGUCCUCGGCGUCCAAGAAGGACAAAAAGCAAAUGACGGAGCCGGAGCUGCAGCAGCUGCGCCUGAAGAUCAACAGCCGGGAGCGCAAGCGGAUGCACGACCUCAACAUCGCCAUGGACGGGCUGCGGGAGGUCAUGCCCUACGCGCACGGCCCUUCGGUGCGCAAGCUCUCCAAGAUCGCCACUCUCCUGCUGGCCCGCAACUACAUCCUGAUGCUCACCAACUCACUGGAGGAGAUGAAGCGCCUGCUCAGCGAGAUCUACGGCGGCCACCACGCCACAGGCUUUCACCCUGCCGCCGCCGCUUGCUCGGGGAGCCUGGUGGGCCACGCCGCGCCUCUGCCCGCUCACCCGGCUUCCCACGCCGUGCACCACCCCAUCUUGCCCCCCGCCGCCGUCUCCAGCGCUUCCCUGCCCGGCUCCGCGGGGCUGUCGGCCGUCAGCUCCAUCCGACCCUCGCAUGGCUUGCUCAAGUCUCCGCCAAGCGCUGCGGCCGCCGCCGCAGCUGCCGCAGCUGCCGCCGCCGCCGCCGCGGCUCCUCUAAGCAGCGGCUUCCAGCACUGGGGCGGGAUGCCGUGUCCCUGCAGCAUGUGUCAGGUGCCGGCCCCGUCGCACCACCACGUCUCCGGGCUGAACGCGCCCAAUCUGCCCAGAUUGACCGGCGACGCCAAAUAAAAGGCGGCGCGGCGGGAAGGAGGGAGGGGAGGGCAGGCAACCGGGAGCGGGGAUGACGCCUUGGGGGGGGAGGAAAUCGCCCGCCAGGACUUGCGCACGUCCACCAGCCCAAGGUAGGUUUCCUCCAGGACUUUCCAAGAGAGCGAAUCCAAAGCCCCGGAUGCUACAGGCCGUCCUUCGCGGAACUGCGCUGCCGCCUUCGCUCCCCUGCCAGCCCCAGUUUGGGUGGAAACGCUGCAGGCACCGCUGUUGGAAGUGAGAAGUCGGGUUUCUUUUCUUUCUCUUUGUAAAGGCUGGAAGGACGCAGGCCUGGGUUAGGCAGCCGCCUUCAAAGAUAGGCACCCAAACGCCCAUCGUUUCUUGCCACCUUGAAAUUUAUUUUUGUUUUCUUUUAAAAAGUAGAUGGGGAGGAUUUGCAGGCCGACUUAAUUGUUUGAUCUACAAUUUCGCUAAAACUGGGAAACCUUUUGGGGCCGGAGAUCGCGCGGAGGGAAAUCGCCUAGUUUUCUCUCUGGGUGUCCCUGAGUGAGUGGAACUUGUAACAAUAUAAACGUAGCACUGGUUCGAGAGUCUUAUGUGGAAAUAUACUCCACUGAUUUCAGAGUAUAAUUGGCUUUUAGCCUAAACACAAUGUAGAUUUGUAAGGCUUUCAGGAACAAAAUGAUCCUGUUACUCUACUCAGAAGAAAGCGUCUUGGGCGCGAUCCAAUCGAAGUUAAGCAGUUUUAAGCCCCAAGAUCUUCCAUCUUGACUUUGGAAAGUUUAUUCCAAAGGGAGUCAGACCCUGAGUAGAUGGUCGCAGGCGUUGCCUAGAAGCUCUGGCUGGAUGGAGCCCAAGGCCUUUAGUGUUGUAUUUGGAGCAGCAAACACGAGGAAACCAAGAUAAAGCGGAGUCCCCGCAUCUGGGGUUGCCUCCGAGGGUUAAGGGUGGCAUUCCUCGAUCCAUUCUCCGGGCAGGAGCAAAGGGGGGGUCCUUUAGAGUUUCCUGAGUGUGUGGGCCUAUGGAUCUUUUUUCCCCUUCCCCUUUUAGAAGCCACAACACUUCCUUUUCUUGCUCGAGCAUAAAGGUUAAAAGAAAAAAGGGGAGGGGGAGGGAGACAUUAAGAUUGGCUUGUGCUGUUAUAUUUAAACCCCCCUCCCGCCCUUAUUUCUGAAUAAGGUCUCCUUCUCCCCUUCUUAGCUCUGUCACCUUCGAGAGAUUUUUUAAUCACCUGUUUAUUUUUAUAUAUAUCUAUAAAAUAAAGAAAUGGAAAAGUUCCUAAAUAAUAUUUA